GGCGGCGCGCAGGGCGGAGCUCCCGCCGGGAGGGCGGGGCGGCGGCAGCAUGGCGGACGAUAAGGACUCGCUGCCCAAGCUGAAGGACCUGGCUCUGCUGAAGGGGCAGCUGGAGAGCCUGCAGCGGCGCGUGGAGGACGAGGUGCACGCCGGCGUGGGGCAGGGCGGCUCGCUGCUGGCCUCCCCGUUCCUGAAGGGCUUCCUGGCCGGGUACCUGGUGGCCAAGCUGCGUUUCUCGGCGGUGCUGGGCUUCGCCGUGGGGACGUGCACCGGCAUCUACGCCGCGCAGAACUACGCCGUGCCCGACGUGGAGAAGACGGUGCGGGACUACCUCAGCUCGCUGCGGAAAGGAGGGGAGUAGCGGGGCCGCCCGGCUCCCGGGGCGCUCGCAGACUGACCCUGCCCGGUGUUCGGUUCUCCCCCCGUCCGGUGCGUCCCGGGGAGGCAGAUCUGCUGCUCUGUCGGCAGGAGCGAAGCUGCUCCUUUCCGCCGCACGGGGAGCGUGGCAGGUAACGUCCUCUUGUAGUCGGGCUCAUUAAACUCGUGGCGUUUGGUCUCUUCUGAGUA